UUAAAACUUAUUGUGAAACAUGCAAAAUUUACAUAAAUACAAAAGACUUUCUCUCUCAUGUAAAUGGUGAAAGACAUAUAACAAAUAUGCAAACAGCUUGUGAUCCUAUUGCGUUAGCGCAGAUGAAAAUAACAACUAGAAGUUUAUUCAUAUGUGAAGUUUGUGAUGUACAUGUACCAAAAUUUAAUAAAAACGUCUUAGAACAUAUGCGAGGUGUAAAACAUACAGCCAACUUUGAAUCGUUACUUAAUUCAAAUAAAAUUAUUAAAUACGACGACAAUUAUUAUGAUUGUAAAGUUUGUGAUAGAUUUAUUUUAGUCAAAUCAGUUUUAGAUCACAUUGAUUCGUUGAAACACAAAUCUCAGAAAUCUGAACCGAAACUUUUUUGUAAAUUAUGCAACGUAUCAAUUGAUGACCAUCCAAAUAUUGUAAAAGAUCACAAAAACAGUGACUGUCACAAAAUGAAAUUAGCUGAACUGUAUACCCAUCGUCAUCUUCAAAUAAACAAUGGCGCUGUUACGUAUAAAUGUAACGUGUGUGAUAUUUAUAUAGACGUGUCGCAAGCAAAAUCUCACAUCGAGAGCGUGUCACACUAUUUGAAAUUUAACUCUGUGCUGAUUAGCAAUAAGAUUCAGAAAACUGGUGAUAGUUUCUUCUGUAAUAUAUGAUUUGUUUACUUUGUAAAUAAAGAGGCAAUCUAAUAUCUCUUUACGAAAAAUCAAGAGAGAAAAAUGCCUAAUUCAAGUAAAUGUAAAAAUCGAAAAAAAAUCUUUAUUCAAAUAAACUUUUAAAAAGUACUUUUCAAUAAUCCGUCAUGUUUUAGCCUACCAUCAGUUUAGCACAGGCUGACAAGAGAACCAGUGAAAGAAAUUCACCUGGUCUCACAGAAGUAACUUAUACGGAGAAGAAGAAAAUUAUUCGAUUUGUUUCUUAGCUCAUUUUUCUUAUGCUCAUAUAAAAAAAAAAUGAAGACAAACUGCUUCUACCGUAAAUGAGCAAUGACCUUCAAAUUGUAACCUAACUGAAACAUUAAAGAAUAUUUACUGAUUUUAUAUUUGUUUAUAACCAACUUAAUAUCGUAAAGUCGCUUGGGUAAAUUAGCCCUUCAAUCAUCGAUAUGAUCAAACAGUCGAAUAGGGAUGAUGACUAAUUUUUGUGUGUUUGUCCUUCAGGUAGUGUUAAAAAAAAUAUUAAACACGUAUUUUUUUCGUAAUCAUAAAAUUCCGGCGUUACAUUGAGU